AUGACUGAGCAACUUCCACCUACGCCAUCUGAACUUCUUCGGAUGGUGACCGAGUUACGGCAAGCCAACCAACGCAUGGUCGAAGAGAACCAAAGAAUGUUAGGGCCGACGCAUGUCUCUGAAACUGCUCGGCACGAAGAAGAGCAGCCUGAGCACAAUGAGGAAGCUCAGCCAGAAGACAAGGAUGACAACCUAGACAACUCCCCUGGGCCAUUCACGGCCGAGGUGAUGAACUUCGUGUUGCCCAGGAGGUUCACUCUACCAACCACGCAUCCGAAGAAAUACAUCAGAAAGUUCACCUCCAUAAUGAUAGUAAAUGGUGCAUCUGAUAAAGUUUUAUGUCGUUAUUUUCCAUAUUAUUUAGACGGUUCUGCACUUGAUUGGUUCUGUUCUUUGCUUGCAGGUUUUAUUUUCCGUUUUCGAGACCUAUCAAAUCCCUUCGAAGAGCAUUUUGCUGGAUCAACCAUCUAUCUGCAUGACUCCGAUUACUUGAACACAAUCAGACAAGGCCAGCAUGAAAGUCUCAGAGACUACAUGACGCACUUCACAAAGAUAGCCAUAAGUAUACCCAAUCUCCACCUCGAGGUGGAACUGCAUGCAAUAAAAAGCGAACUCCGACCAGGAAAAUUCCAGGAGACCAUUGUCGUGGCCAAACCUAAAACUAUGGCCAAGUUCCGUGAAAAGGCGAAAGGUCAGAUUGGCAUCGAAGAACUUCGACAAGCUCGAAAAGCAGAGAAACCGCAAUACAGAUAUGACAACAAAGCACGAGAUAGCAAGAAAAACUUCAAACCAACUCCCCGAUAUGAAUCUUAUACUCAGUUCAACACCAAGCAUGAUGACAUCAUCAAGGAGAUCUUGAAUUCAAAGUUGAUCAAGCCACCAAGAAAAGCCGGCAGCUAUCCAAAUUCCAAAAGCGCAGACAAAUCAAAAUACUAUUCUUUUCAUUAA